AUGUUGGGCCACACUACAUUUUCAGACCUCAACACCCAUCUCUCAAAUGCUUCGUUUGAGAAGAAGGCAGAACCACCUUUGUGGUACGAUCAUCUCUCGUUGAUCUUCCGACUACUUCACCAGUUCUUUCCGGGGAGAUAUUUCAAGCUCCCUGACGAUGAUGGGCGACGACUCCAAGACACUACCAUCACAUCCAAAACUAUCCAGAAGCGACCACUAUCCACGCUGGACCCGCGUAGACUGCUGCCAAAUUUGUCUUCGUCCUUUAUCGGUACCUUCUGUUGCCAACAUAUGGAUGCAUUCGCUCUCGAAGUUUUGGAAGAUGCAAAGUCCUGGAAUUGGCCUAUCGUAAAACGCAUCGAACAAAGUGGCAACCAAGGCAAACCUCUACUUCCAAAUUUGCUGUCUUGUUUGAUAAAGGAGUCUCAGGCCCUCGGUGGUACGGUGCUGGAACAGUUCUGGGAAACAAUUGGAAAAUGCGAUAACAAGCUCAAGGAUAAUAUUAAAACUGUCACGUCUGUUCCGCCGGGUCAGGCAUCGACAAUACUAUUUGCGGGGGUGAAUAGAGAAGACAUUCGCCUAGGUCCAUUAUUCGACAUGGCAGCUGAGUAUUUUGCACAUCUCGCCGUUGCAUUUGUAAACCCAGGAGGACCUGAAUCAGCGGACAGCACGCCAUCCUCAACGGACGAACUGCUUGAGUUGGCCAAUAAGGAGGGGUUCGGAAAGCGAAACCAAGAAGCCCUCAAACGUUUGGCUUUUAAGCGUGAUGGUGCACGAUGUGUGAUGACGGGGGUGACAUUUGACGAGCUCCCUACUGAGGACGACAAUUUCUCACCUGUUCUGACCCAUCUAAUCCCGAACUCGAUUCAUGGCAAACCGGACACCCUAAAAUGUCUCGCCACGUUCGCCGGUGAGGAAGCUAGGGACCUUGUCCUCAAACAAAUGAAUGAUAUUGGAAAUGUUGCGAAUGUUCAAAGCGACGCAUACGUGAAGUAUGAUGGAUUGCGAUGGGGAAUUGAAGCUCAAGAAGGUGAAACUGUGAAGUACGUCUACAGGAGGGUUCCUUAUAACCCCAAUGUUGGCCCAGCGUCAAUUAAUCUGCGAGACGGGAAAGAAAUCCACUUUGGGCGUGGUAUCAAGGGGGAGAGGCUUGGAGGAGGACCGCUUCCUCUAUUCUGCAAUGUUCAACUUGCUGUCGCUCGUGUCUUGCGCAUGAGUGGAGCCGCGGAGGUGGUCAUGCAACUGAGGGCAGAUUCCGAUGAUUCUGAUACCCCUCAUGCAUAUGUUGCCUCUGACUACUUUCUUGAUAUCCUAGACGCAAAGUUACACCUCCAGAGCAUCAUUGUUAUUUCAGGUGCAAUCGACCUUAUUCAACCCAAUGUACACCAGUCGGCUCUGACCAGGGAUGGCUCGACGUUCCAGGAUAUGUUCUUGCUAGGUGUUGACAGCCACCGGGAAUUCAAAGACAGCGGCAACUUGAAAGCGGUGCCUGACGGCGAGGGCGUCUGCGAUAAACAUCCCAUCCAUUUGCAGGGAGAUACGGUGGACGAGUUUCGAGCUUUGCUUUGGUCUUUUUACGCGCUGCCAAGUGAUAUUUUCGAUGCAACGAGACCGGAAAACAUCGAUACGAUCAAGUUCAUGAACCUCGCUCGAGUAACCCACAAAUACAACUUUAUCUCAACCGAAAAGUGGGCCCUCGAAAUUCUCACUUUAUAUCUCACUUCUGUUUCCCAACAACCCAUUCCUUCAGAACUUGAUGGGCCCUCGUUUGAACCAUUAUCUCCCGAAAUCCUCGAGAACUUGACCAAAGUUGCCGUGCUCUGCACCAGUGAGGAUCAGCCUUUGUUCAAGAAGACCAUGGCAGGAUGGGAGCUACUUCUAGGCCACGGAGAUUAUGCAGAGACCGCAAUCCGCGUUGCGGAACUCCUUGGACUGCGCCAUCUCCGGGCGUCAGCAUACUACGCCAUUAUGAUCAAAGGGAGACAAGCCUGGGAUCUGAAACCGAAUCUUUCCAGGGAGCAGCGGAUUACUUUAUUAUCAGGACAUCAUGCGCUUUUUGAGCUUUCUCGAGGCCUGUUAGGGUCACCACCCCAGUUCCAUAAUUGCUAUGGAGCGCAAACAUGUCGCCGUAGUUUGGCAUCGUGUUGGGGGAAUCUAUUCGCGGGUGGAAUUUCUGACUCUGACACAAUUCCAGCUGCCAACUCAUUGCACCCCCUGGACCUGUUAGGAAGACUGCAGCUGCUGGAGGGUCAAUUCGUAAAGAUAUCAGAAUACGCAGCUACUGCCCUGAAUGGCAUGACAAGACCCUGUGCUCUCGAAGGCCUGAAAGCCAUUCGAGCGUUACAAGAGAAGUUGAGGUUGGACCUUUCAGAUUGCUUCCAGGACGUUGCUUGACCUGUGCUCUGAGUAACUCCGUAUACGUUAUCAUAGGAACAAGUAAAAGUGCGGAUGCUUGUAGUACUGCCAAAUAGCCUCGACUUUUCACAGCG